AUGUCGGGAGGAGGAGGAGGCGGUGACAACAGGCAGCUAGAUCUCACGCCCACAUGGGCUGUCGCUGCUGUUUGUGCAAUUAUCGUUAUCAUUUCUAUACUCCUGGAAAAAAUCAUACACAAAUUCGCAGAGGUGUUUGAAGAAAAAAAGAAGCAUGCAUUGCUAGAAGCUCUUGAAAAGAUUAAAGCCGAGCUUAUGGUUUUGGGAUUUAUUUCUCUGCUUUUAACAUUUGGGCAAAACUACAUUUCUAAAGUGUGUAUUCCCCAAAAGUAUGCACACACAAUGCUACCAUGCCUUCCCCCUAACCAACGCGGAGGCGCUGCAGCAGCCGAACAUGGAGCGGGUCACGGAGCAGGUGAUGCAACCGAUCACGGAGCAGGUGCUGCAACCGAUCAUGGAGCAGGUGCUGCAACCGAUCAUGGAGCAGGUGCUACAACCGAUCAUGGAGCAGGUGCUGCAACCGAACUUGGCGAGGGUGGUUCAACCCAACAUGGAAUUGAACCUCAGGUAGAUGAAGGAGGGGAUGACACUGACGGAGGUGGCCAUCGCCGCAGACUUUUAUCAUAUGAUCGUAGGUUUUUAUCUGGUGGUGGUGGAGGCCCCAGUUGUAAACCGGGGUACCUGCCUCUUAUAUCAGUGAACGGAUUGCAUCAGUUACACAUUUUUAUAUUUUUCUUGGCUGUCUUCCAUGUGAUAUACAGUGCCAUAACUAUGACCCUUGGAAGAGCAAAGAUUCGUGGGUGGAAGGCAUGGGAGGAGGACCAUAUCAUUGAUGAAGAUGCCUUGAAUGAUCCUAGAAGAUUCAGACUUACUCACGAGACAUCAUUUGUGAGGGAUCACAGUAGCUUCUGGACUAAAACACCGGUUUCCUUCUAUUUCGUAUGCUUCUUUCGACAAUUUUUCAGAUCUGUUCGUAGGGCUGACUACUUGACCAUGAGACAUGGAUUUGUGACUGUCCAUUUAGCACCGGGAAGUAAGUUUGAUUUUCAAAAAUAUAUCAAGAGGUCAUUAGAAGAUGACUUUAAGGUAGUUGUAGGAAUCAGUCCAAUACUUUGGGGAUCGGUAGUGUUAUUCUUGCUUGUGAAUGUCCAUGGAUGGCAUGCUUCUUUUUGGGUGUCUUUUCUCCCACUAUUGGUGAUUCUGGCUGUUGGAACAAAGCUUCAAGCAAUUAUUACUCGAAUGGCACUUGACAUAAAAGAAAGGCAUGCUGUAGUGCAGGGGAUCCCUCUAGUGCAAGUCUCUGACAAGUACUUUUGGUUUGCAUGGCCUCAGUUAGUUCUUUAUCUUAUCCAUUAUGUCCUCUUUCAGAAUGCAUUUGAGCUGACAUACUUCUGGUGGUCAUGGUAUGAAUUUGGAUGGGCAUCUUGCUUUUACGAGGAUGAUCGUCUCAUGAUUAUCAGAGUAGCUCUUGGGCUAGGAGCUCAAGUCGUUUGCAGUUAUGUCACACUUCCACUCUAUGCACUUGUUACUCAGAUGGGGUCGACGAUGAAGAAGUCAAUAUUUGAUGAUCAAACAUCGAGGGCGCUCAAACAGUGGCAUAAGAAUGCUCUGAAGAAGAAGAACUCAAAAGGACGCCACGAAACCCGAACGUUAGGUGGGAGCCCGGGAGAUCAUACACCGGAACAUUCGCCGCACCCACCAUCACAACCACCCAAAGAUACAGAAAUGGCUUCCCAGAGCGCUACCAUCGUCUCCAGCGUUGAUAACGAAACCUUUGAUAACCGUGACCUUCUCAGUGGACCGUGA